AGGAUUCACAUACCAAUUUAUCUUAUUUUCAACUCAAAAUGACCAAAUUCUAUCAUCUUUGAAGCCUCCUGAAGUGUGAUUAAGUUUUUUUUUAUUUCUCUUUUAAUAAUUUCGAAUGUUAAAUUUUGUUAAUAGUAUGUCAUUAAUGAAUAAACCCAUAGGAUGCAGGUGAUGAUAAAAAAAAGUUAAUGCAUACAAUGUUAAAAUAAACUAUUAAUAGGCGCUACUACUGGUAUUACUGUUGCUGGAUCAACAAGUAGUACAGGUCCAUAUUCAUAUCAAACGACGUUUGAAUGAAAAUUAAAGAGAAUCGACUGGAAAAUGGGAUUUUUUUAUGUAAAUACUUGAUUUCUUUUUAAAGAAACUGAAAGUUAGAAUGUUGAUUACAUGAUCACUUGUCUAACUUCUCUCCUUACUGAUCAUAUGAUUUUCAAACAACCUCUAUGAUCAACAAGUUAGUCUUUCACGUUAGAUAUCUGUUGGAGAUUUUUUACUUGAUGCUGAACGUCAAAAUAUUUAUUUGGAAGCAUUAGGUCAAAAAGCAGUUUUUAAUGCUAUUCGAUUUUCAAUGCAUCCACCAUUAACAAUUGAUUCGAAUAGUAAUUCGAAAUCUUCCAUAUUUUUUCCAUCUCAUACAUUUAUUUAUUUUAUUUUUUUAUUUUUUCAAAUUCGAUUAAUUUUCUAUUAA